CAAACCCCAAAAAAAUUUCGAAAUUCCAAUUUUCCACCAUUCCAGCGCGUUGCGUUCACGCCCCCCGAGGACAAUUUCCACAACGCGUUGAUCAAUUCAUCUGAAUCGGAAAAUGGGAAACCCCCACGACCGCCAUCCCCUCAACUUCAACUAGAUCUUCAUUUCUUUUCCGGAGUUAAUUCGAUUUUGCAGAAGAACCAUGGCUAGGGUUACUACGCCCAGCGAUAAUUGGGAGAAGCUGGUCCGCGCAGUGCUGCGGAGCGAGCAGCGCGCCGGGCACGAGAGGACCACCAGCGGAAUCGCCGGCGCCGUUCCGGAUUCGCUUCAGAGGACCACCAACAUCAAUGCAAUUUUGCAGGCCGCCGAUGAGAUUCAGUCCGAGGACCCAAACGUUGCACGAAUAUUGUGUGAGCAGGCAUAUAGUAUGGCUCAGAAUUUGGAUCCCAGCAGCGAUGGUAGAGGUGUUCUCCAGUUUAAGACUGGUCUAAUGUCUGUAAUCAAGCAAAAGCUUGCGAAAAAGGAAGGUGGCCAAAUAGAUCGUAAUCGUGAUAUUGAGCGAUUAUGGGAAUUUUAUAAUCAAUAUAAACGGCGACACAGAGUGGAUGACAUCCAGAGGGAGGAACAGAAAUGGCGUGAAGCUGGCACUUUUAGUGCUGAUGUUGGAGACUUGGAGCUUAGAUUCUCUGAAAUGAAGAAGGUUUUUGCUACAUUGAGGGCUCUGGUUGAGGUGAUGGAGGCACUUAGUAAAGAUGCAACUUCAGAUGGUGUUGGAAGGCUCAUUAUGGAGGAGUUAAGAAGGAUAAAAAAGUCCAGUGCAGCUAUAUCAGGAGAGCUCAUUCCUUACAACAUUGUCCCUCUUGAAGCACCAUCUUUAACCAAUGCCAUUGGCUACUUCCCAGAAGUUAGAGGUGCAAUAUCAGCAAUACGAUAUACUGAGCAGUUUCCUCGUCUUCCAGCCGAUUUUGAAACUCCUGGACAGCGAGAAUUGGACAUGUUUGACCUUUUGGAAUAUGUGUUCGGUUUUCAGAAAGACAAUAUAAGGAACCAACGUGAGCAUGUAGUUCUCGCUUUAGCCAAUGCUCAAUCACGUCUUGGAAUCCCGAUUGAUGCUGAUCCAAAACUAGAUGAAAGAGCUGUAAGAGAGGUCUUCUUGAAGUCCCUGGAUAAUUACAUCAAAUGGUGUAAAUAUCUACGGAUACGCCUUGUAUGGAAUAGUUUGGAAGCCAUAAAUAAGGACAGAAAGCUUUUCCUAGUUUCACUAUACUUCUGCAUAUGGGGUGAAGCUGCGAAUGCCCGUUUUCUUCCUGAAUGCAUCUGCUAUAUAUUUCACCAAAUGGCAAGGGAAUUAGAUGCAAUCCUGGAUCGUGCGGAGGCAACUCAAGCUGCAAGUUGUACCGGUGAAAAUGGUUCUGUGUCGUUUCUAGAGCAAAUCAUUUGUCCCAUAUAUGGGGCCUUGGCAGCGGAAGCUGAGAGGAACAAUAAUGGGAAAGCUGCACAUUCAGAAUGGCGGAAUUAUGACGACUUCAACGAGUAUUUCUGGUCACCUGCUUGCUUUGAGUUGAGUUGGCCAAUGAAGAGAAAUUCUUCAUUUUUGUUGAAGCCUAAAAAAGGAAAACGGACGGGCAAAAGCUCAUUUGUUGAGCAUCGAACUUUUCUUCAUCUGUUUCGAAGUUUUCAUCGUUUGUGGAUGUUUUUGAUUAUAAUGUUUCAGGCUCUUGCUAUUAUUGCUUUCCAUGAUGGGAAACUCAAUCUUAAUACCUUUAAAUCACUCCUAAGCAUUGGCCCGACAUUUGCCGUCAUGAAUUUCUUGGAGAGCUGUUUGGAUGUUGUACUAAUGUUUGGGGCUUAUUCUACUGCCCGAGGCAUGGCUAUAUCAAGGCUUGUUAUCAGGUUCUUUUGGUGCGGCUUGAGCUCCGUAUUUGUGCUUUACGUCUACGUGAGACUGUUGCAGGAAAGGAAUAAGAACACCUCAGAUUCAUUGUACUUCCGGAUUUAUGUCCUAGUAUUGGGUGUAUAUGCUGGUCUGCGUGUACUUUUUGCACUGCUGCUCAAGUUCCCUGCAUGUCAUAGGCUAUCGGAAAUGUCUGAUCAAUCAUUUUUCCAAUUUUUCAAGUGGAUUUAUGAGGAACGCUAUUUUGUUGGUCGUGGACUUGUUGAGAAGACUACCGACUAUAUGAGCUACGUAUUUUUCUGGCUGGUGAUCUUUGCUUGCAAAUUCCCUUUUGCUUACUUUCUUCAGAUUAAACCUUUAGUCGGGCCAACCUUGAUUAUUAUACAUCUGCCGCGGCUUCAAUAUUCAUGGCAUGAUUUUGUAUCAAAGAACAAUAACAACAUGUUGACUGUAGCUAGUUUGUGGGCACCUGUUGUGGCUAUUUAUAUCAUGGAUAUUCACAUCUGGUAUACUCUACUAUCUGCAAUUUAUGGUGCUGUGAUGGGAGCGAGGGGUCGUUUAGGGGAGAUUCGAUCAAUAGAAAUGGUUCACAAGAGAUUUGAAAGUUUUCCAGAGGCUUUUGUAAAGAAUCUUGUUUCUCCACAAAUCAAAAGGAUGCCUUUUGAGAGAGAAUCAUCACAGAGUCCUCAUGACAAUAACAAGACCUAUGCAGCCAUAUUCUCCCCCUUUUGGAAUGAAAUCAUAAAAGCUCUGCGGGAAGAAGAUUAUAUUAGUAACCGGGAGAUGGACUUACUUUCUAUGCCAAGCAACGCAGGAAGUCUGAAAUUGGUUCAAUGGCCACUUUUUCUUCUAAGCAGCAAGAUCUUACUUGCCAUUGAUUUAGCUUUAGACUGCAAAGACACUCAAGCUGAUCUUUGGAAUAGAAUAUGCAAGGAUGAGUACAUGGCAUAUGCUGUGCAGGAGUGUUAUUCAAGUAUUGAAAAAAUUCUGCACUCCCUGGUUGAUGGAGAAGGAAGACUAUGGGUUGAAAGGAUAUUUCGUGAGAUAAACAGCAGUAUAUCUGAGGGGUCUCUUGUUAUUACUUUGCAUCUUAAAAAGCUUCAGGUGGUGCUCUCCAGAUUUACAGCCUUGACUGGACUAUUGAUCCGUGAUCCUACUCCUGAACUUGCAAAGGGUGCAGCUAAAGCUGUGUAUGAUUUUUAUGAUGUUGUUACGCAUGAGCUGCUCUCAUCUGAUUUGAGGGAGCAGCUUGAUACAUGGCAAAUACUGUUGAGGGCUAGAAACGAGGGACGUCUCUUUUCAAGGAUAGAAUGGCCAAAGGAUCCUGAUAUUAAAGAGCAGGUGAAAAGAUUGCACCUUCUCCUGACUGUAAAGGACAAUGCUGUUAAUAUACCCAAAAAUCUCGAAGCAAGAAGAAGAUUACAGUUUUUCACCAAUUCAUUGUUUAUGGAUAUGCCAUCAGCUAAGCCUGUUUGUGAAAUGAUGCCAUUCUGUGUCUUCACGCCGUACUACAGUGAAACGGUGCUUUACAGCAACUCCGAAUUGCGGCUUGAAAAUGAAGAUGGAAUAUCAACCCUUUUCUAUCUCCAGAAAAUAUUUCCAGAUGAAUGGGAGAAUUUUUUGGAACGUAUUGGUCAAGGUGAUAUUGGCUAUGCAGAGAUUCAAGAAAAUUCAACUAGCGCUCUGGAACUCCGAUUUUGGGCAUCUUACAGGGGACAAACUUUAGCUAGGACAGUGCGUGGUAUGAUGUACUACAGAAAGGCACUGAUGUUGCAGAGUCAUUUGGAAAGAAGAUCCCUAGAAGAGGAUGUCUCUUCUCGGACAAGUUUCACAACUCAAGGUUUUGAGUUGUCACGUGAAGCACGUGCUCAAGCUGAUAUAAAGUUCACUUACGUUGUUUCCUGCCAAAUAUAUGGGCAACAAAAGCAGCGGAAAGCUCCCGAGGCAGCUGAUAUUGCUCUACUUCUGCAGAGAAAUGAGGCACUUCGUGUUGCUUUCAUCCACGUAGAAGAGAGUGGUGCAGCUGAUGGAAAUGUUACAAAGGAAUUCUAUUCAAAGCUUGUUAAAGCCGAUGCAAAUGGGAAGGAUCAGGAAAUAUUUUCUAUUAGACUUCCUGGAGAUCCUAAGCUCGGGGAAGGGAAACCUGAAAAUCAAAACCAUGCAAUAGUUUUUACUCGUGGAGAAGCUGUUCAAACAAUUGACAUGAAUCAGGAUAACUACCUCGAGGAGGCAAUGAAAAUGAGAAAUCUCCUUGAGGAGUUUCGGGCAAACCACGGUCUUCGACCUCCCACAAUUCUUGGAGUAAGAGAGCACGUCUUCACUGGAAGUGUUUCCUCUUUAGCUUGGUUUAUGUCCAACCAGGAAACUAGUUUCGUGACCUUGGGUCAACGUGUUUUGGCGUGUCCUCUUAAAGUCCGUAUGCACUAUGGGCAUCCAGAUGUCUUCGACCGAAUUUUUCAUAUUACUCGAGGUGGAAUUAGUAAAUCGUCACGCGUCAUUAAUAUCAGUGAAGAUAUUUAUGCAGGCUUCAAUUCUACAUUGAGGCAGGGAAACAUCACUCACCAUGAAUAUAUUCAGGUUGGAAAAGGAAGAGAUGUUGGUUUGAACCAAAUAGCUUUGUUUGAAGGCAAAGUCGCUGGUGGGAAUGGGGAGCAAGUAUUGAGCCGGGAUGUAUACAGGCUUGGGCAACUUUUUGACUUCUUCAGAAUGCUAUCUUUCUUUUUCACAACUGUCGGUUUCUAUGUUUGCACGAUGAUGACUGUGCUUACCGUUUAUGUAUUUCUGUAUGGAAGAGCAUAUCUGGCAUUCUCGGGACUUGAUCAAGGAAUUUCAGACGAAGCAGACGUUUUGGGCAAUACUGCAUUAGAUACUGUUCUGAAUGCUCAGUUUUUGGUCCAAAUUGGAAUUUUCACUGCAGUUCCCAUGGUAAUGGGUUUUAUACUUGAACUGGGAUUGCUGCAGGCUGUUUUCAGUUUUAUCACGAUGCAGCUUCAGCUUUGUUCCGUCUUCUUUACUUUUUCGUUAGGGACAAGAACCCAUUAUUUUGGACGUACCAUCCUCCAUGGAGGUGCAAAGUAUCGAGCUACUGGAAGAGGUUUUGUUGUUCGUCACAUCAAGUUUGCAGAGAAUUAUCGACUUUACUCGAGAAGUCAUUUUGUUAAGGCGCUGGAAGUAGCAUUGCUUCUAAUUGUUUACAUGGCAUAUGGUUACUCGGAGGGAGGUGCUGUUACCUUUGUUCUGUUAACUAUAAGCAGUUGGUUUCUUGUGUUCUCUUGGCUCUUUGCACCUUAUAUAUUCAAUCCAUCUGGAUUUGAAUGGCAGAAGACCGUAGAGGAUUUUGAUGACUGGACCAAUUGGCUGAUGUAUAAAGGUGGAGUUGGGGUCAAAGGGGAUAAUAGCUGGGAGUCAUGGUGGGAGGAGGAACAGACACACAUUCAGACUUUGAGAGGCCGUAUACUUGAAACAAUAUUGAGCUUCAGAUUUAUAAUGUUUCAGUAUGGCAUUGUUUACAAACUCCAUCUUACUGGCAGAGAUACUUCCAUUGCGGUCUAUGGCUUCUCUUGGGUUGUACUGGCUGGAUUAGUUAUGAUUUUUAAGAUCUUCACAUUUAGCCCCAAAAAGUCCACUAAUUUCCAGCUAGUGCUACGAUUUAUGCAAGGCAUCACAUGCAUUGGGCUUAUUGUAGCCCUUUGCCUGGUCGUUUUCUUCACAGACCUAUCAAUUCCAGAUUUGUUUGCCAGCUUCCUCGCAUUUAUCCCCACCGGGUGGUUCAUUCUUUCUUUGGCAAUUGCGUGGAGGAGCAUAGUAAGGAGUUUAGGCCUUUGGGAUUCGGUAAAAGAGUUUGCUCGAAUGUAUGAUGCUGGAAUGGGAAUAUUAAUAUUUUCUCCGAUCGCUGUGCUGUCUUGGUUCCCCUUCGUCUCCACUUUCCAAUCGCGUCUGCUCUUUAAUCAAGCUUUCAGUCGUGGUUUGGAGAUAUCUCUCAUUCUUGCUGGGAACAAAGCUAAUGUCGAAGCCUCCUCUUUUUAACUGCACAAUUUGUAAACUCUGUUGCAUUAACCGGCUGAACUAAUUAUAUUGUUUUAUGAAUUGUGUAUGUUUUUAUUUCUUUAUUUUCAUGUGUAGCUUCUGCUUGUUUGAACAUUGUUAAAGGGCUUGUGGUAAUCAACUUGGCAUCAUUUUUGAAAACAGCUUAUGUAUUGUUGUAUAUAAGUUGUGCUUGUAUGAAAUCUUAAAUUUAGUUUGCGCAAACACCCGUCAUUAUGUU